AUCAGUAGCGCCGUUGAUAUUGUCGAACUGAUUACAAUUGAGAACAGCAAUCUCAAUAUUUGCUUAAUCGAAGUACUUGCGUAAUCUAAAAUGAGAGCUUGACUUACAAAUCAAGCCUAAUCAGUGUCUUCGAGUGCAGCCGAAGCAUACAUCUAUAUGUGCAGGGUAUAUGUACGUAUGAACCACGCAGUCCCUAUCGCGCUAACAAUCGGCUGGCUUUUACAAUAACAAAAUGCAAUCAAAACGAAUUGAUUGAGAGAAAUAUUAUAGACAAGAGAACCGAUUUUAGUACCCUGUUUAUGGCACGCUGAAUGCCGCAACACUCAGCGCCUCAACACGUAUUUAUUUCAGAGUUUAUAUAUACCGAGAUUUUUUUGUUUGAACUGAUCGUUGCAGUGAUUGUCGUCUAUAUGUAUGCACAUGCAUAUAGUUGUUGUUGUCGCUUGUCACUUCUCUCAGAUGGUCACUAAUUGUUGUUGCUUAACGCGGAUAUUUUAACAACUUUAUUAUGAACAACCAAUUAAACCGCAUCGAGUCGAUUUGCAGUUAAAGGUGAAAAUUAGACACAGCAGUGGUGGGAGAGCCAGAGGAAUGCUCGGAAGGGAAACAGAAACAGACACCAAAAACUAAAACUUGUUGCUUGCCUCUGGCAACAUUUUGCCAUCUUCAUUCACCAUUCACCAAGCGAUGGAGCCAUUAAUGUCUGGGCACAUGUCACCAGCGAAUUUAUGCACCAAAUGAAAUAGAGUUUGCAAUUACAAUGAAAUGGUUGCCUGGUGUGCAUACAUAAGUAAUACAUACAGCUGAUGCCUUAUAUAAUUUUUUUGAAAUAAUGAAAACUUUUGGAGCAAUUGGUUUCAAAAAAGUUGAAAAACAUAAAAAAAAAUAUUUUUAGAAGCAGAUAGUGAGAUUACCGCCAAAUUUAGUUUGAAAGCCGGUAAUUGGAAGUGUAUACAAAGCAGCGCCGAUUUUAAUUCUGCUUGAAUUAGUGUAGAGUGUAGGUUUUGGAAGCUAAAAGAUUGUUGAACAGUGUAUGGUGAUAAGCAAGAAGCUGGGAUUUUCGGCCAAAUAUAACAUUUCUAGUCUCUGUGCGCUUAGUGCUCGUUAUUAUUCGUAAGUGAGCUGACGUACUUGCUGCCGCAAAGAUGACUAAAAUAGCUGUAUUGUUGCUUGGCUUAUUACACCUACAAUUCUCUAAUGGAUUGGAUCGUCAAAGUCGUGUUGAAUUCGCCUUGAAUUUCUUCAAAACAAUCUCAACAUAUCAGCCAAAUGAGAACAUCAUCGUAUCUCCCAUCUCGGUGCAAACCUGCUUAGCGAUGACGUAUGUCGGCUCUGAUAAUCAAACGGCAGCUGAGAUGCAACGCGUGCUCUCUCUGAAGCGAUUUGCUAGCAAAGCGGACGCAGCCGUCGAUUUUGGCGAAUUCAUACAAACUACUGUCAAAUCUCCCGAAAGUAAACUGGAAAUGGCCAAUCGCAUUUAUAUUGAUAAACGACUACAAAUAGUACCCACAUACUAUGAGUUAAUUAGCAAAUAUUUUCGGUCUACAGCGGUAACGAUAGAUUUCGCAAGUAAUGAGGAAGCGGCGCAAAGCAUAAAUGCGUGGGUAGAGUCCGAAACUCAUGGAAAGAUAAAAAGCCUUAUUAAUCCAUCCGCCUUGACAGCAGACACUGCUAUAGUGCUGACGAAUGCAAUAUACUUCAAGGCGGCGUGGCUUUAUCCAUUCGAUCCGUCAUACACAGUUCCACGAGAUUUUAAUUUGAACUCGGCGCAGAAAGUAAAGGUGCCAAUGAUGUAUCGAACAGAUGUGCACAUAAAAUAUGCUGAAGUGACUAGGCUCGAUCUAGUUGCAGCGGAGCUGCCAUAUAACGACACAGCUCUCCGUAUGUUGAUAUUGUUACCAAAUCAGUUAGAUGGCGGAGUUGCUAGAUUGGAGCAGACAUUGAGCAUGAACGCACUGCAGCAUGUGAAGUACUUGUUGAAAGAAACCACUUUGGAUGUCAUGCUGCCAAAGUUUAAAAUUGAAUUCGAUUUAAGCUUGGUUGAGCCUUUGAAGACAAUGGGUAUGAAUUUGUUGUUUUCUAAUGCUGAGCUUUCAAAUAUGGUGACUGGCGCCAAGGGCCCACUCUAUGUGUCAGAGGUUAAGCAUAAGGCUUUCAUUUCAGUGGACGAAAAAGGUUCAGAGGCUGCAGGUGCCACAUACUCGCAAAUACUAGAGAGAUCAGGUCGCUUCUUCCAGCCGAACUUGAAAGUCGAUCGGCCAUUCGUAUUCAUCAUAUUGGACGAUAAUGCGAUCUACUUUACUGGGCAUGUGCUGAAAUUCUGAGACGAAUGAUUUAUUGGCUUCCAAACGCCAAAGUGGCGCCAACUGGAGUCGAGUGAUUGCUGUGGGCAAAUUUCAAAUUUAUAGGUAGAAUAAAAUGCCAUUAGCGCAACAAAUGAGGUAGAAAAGAAUCAUGGAAAUAAAUAGUGUAGUUAAUGAGAAAUCAACAAAUGAUUGACUUUGAUUUCUAGUUGAUUACUCACCAAUCAGUUGAAACUGCUAACAAA